AUAAUUUAUGAAAAAGAUAUGGAAAUUGUAAUGGGCACAUUAAAUAAAACGGAAAGAGUACAUCCGAUCCAAUCAUUUCAAUUUUUCAAUUGUAUAAAAGUUUGUUAAUUUAUUUUUUUAACUGGUGGGCAAAAUUCGUCAACAAAAGAGGUAGGCAAAUUUGUCAACAAAAAACGAAAUCACCAACACAUUCUCGUUUCAGUUGCGUUGUCUACUCCACCAUCCUCCAUCUCUGACUCUCUACUCAUUUCUUCCCUUUUUUUUUUUUUUUUUUUCUCUCUCCUCUUCUCUUCUUUCUGUUGCUCACCUUCUUGCAUCUUGCAAAGUAGCAAGAUUAGAGUGACAAAAAAAUAAAUAAAAAAUAAAUAAAAUUACCCAUUUCAUUUUGUCAACGCCGCCCACUUCUCCACUCAUAAGCUAUCUUUUCCCAAAAUUUUGGAAAAAAUAAAUAAAAGAAAAUUAUAGAGCAAUAAUGGUAGUAGCAGGAACAACAAACGACGUCGUUCCAGUUGAUUCCGGCCAUGCUCGACUCAAUGAGCUUGGUUACAAACAAGAACUCAAGCGUGAUCUCUCGGUGGUGUCGAAUUUUGCAAUCUCGUUCUCAAUAAUAUCGAUAUUAACCGGAGUUACGACGUUGUAUAAUAAUGGGUUGCAGUUCGGAGGACCGGCAGUGAUGGUGUAUGGAUGGUUUAUAGCGGGGUUGUUUACGAUGUUUGUGGGCUUAUCGAUGGCGGAGAUUUGUUCGUCUUAUCCUACUUCUGGGGGGCUGUAUUAUUGGAGUGCUAAGCUUGCUGGUCCUUCUUGGGCUCCCUUUGCUUCUUGGCUCACCGGCUGGUUCAACAUUGUUGGUCAGUGGGCUGUCACAGCUAGUGUGGAUUUCUCUCUGGCACAGCUGAUUCAAGUUAUCAUUCUACUAAGCACUGGUGGGAAAAAUGGCGGUGGUUAUGAGGCAUCAAAAUAUGUUGUAAUUGGUUUCCAUGGCGGAAUUUUACUUUUGCAUGCUAUCUUGAACAGCCUUCCUAUUUCAUUGUUAUCAUUCUUGGGGCAGCUUGCAGCAGCCUGGAAUGUUGCAGGUGUCGUUGUCCUUAUGAUUGCCAUUCCCCUGGCUGCCAAGGAAAAAGCCAGUGCUGAGUUUGUUUUUACGCAUUUCAACACUGAUAAUGGAAAUGGUAUCAGCAGUAGACCUUAUAUCUUCCUUAUUGGACUCCUGAUGAGUCAAUAUACGCUAACAGGUUAUGAUGCAUCUGCACAUAUGACAGAGGAAACUAAGGAUGCAGAUACAAAUGGACCUAAAGGAAUUAUUAGUGCCAUUGGUAUAUCAAUAAUCUUUGGUUGGGCUUACAUCAUCGGGAUCACCUUUGCAGUCACUGAUAUUCCUUACCUUUUAAGUAGCGAAAACGAUGCUGGUGGUUAUGCCAUAGCUCAAGUAUUUUACCAAGCAUUCAAAAGCAGAUAUGGAAAUGGAAUUGGAGGAAUAAUUUGCCUGUGCAUAGUUGCUGUGGCCAUAUUUUUCUGUGGCAUGAGUUCAGUUACCAGCAAUUCUAGAAUGGCUUAUGCAUUCUCAAGAGAUGGUGCCAUGCCUUUUUCAUCAGUAUGGCAUAAAGUAAACCAACAAGAAGUUCCUAUCAAUGCGGUGUGGAUGUCUACUUUCAUCUCCUUCUGCAUGGCAUUGACGUCUCUUGGAAGCCUGGUGGCAUUUGAAGCGAUGGUAUCAAUAGCAACUAUUGGGCUGUAUAUAGCUUACGCCUUGCCUAUCUUCUUCAGAGUCACCUUGGCUCGCAAUUCUUUCAUCCCUGGACCUUUCAAUUUGGGACGAUAUGGGAUACUUGUUGGAUGGAUUGCUGUACUCUGGGUAAUCACCAUUUCUGUUUUGUUCUCCUUGCCUGUUGCCUUUCCCAUUGAUACAGAGAACCUCAAUUAUACACCCGUGGCUGUGGGUGGUUUGUUGAUCCUCACAGUUUCUUCAUGGAUUUUACGAGCAAGGCAUUGGUUUACAGGUCCUGUUACAAAUAUACGUAAUUAAUUCAUGAAUUGUGCAUGCUCCUCUUUGUAAUAUGAAUGACAACACACGUCUGAUCAAUUUCUAGCAGGUUCAUACCUUUCUAUGAUAGUUUGAUAUUACCUCAUUUACAAUUUCUCUUAUGUCUUUUCGCAUCAUCUUUCAUUGAAAGGCCAUUAGAUUGGUUAUAUUACUGUUCAACAUCCUAUAUGUGAAAGCAGAAGAUAACGUUGUAUGAUAUACUGUAAAUCUAUUUUUAGGUGACUAGUUUUUA